GCGCACCAGUGCAUCAUGGGCGUCGUCGGCCGCGGGGAUUGUGGGAAAUGUAGUUUCCAGACUCCGCCCUCCUCGCCAUUUCUGUAAUGGCUGCUCCCCGAAAGGCGCUGUCACGUGGAACCUCUUAGCCUCAGCAAUCGGAGCUCCAAGAACUGAGUAUUUUAAGUCAGAGUUACAUAUAUAUCCGGUUCCUUUGGAACCAUCAGCCCUAAAGUCCUAACCAAGCGAAGAUUCCAGCAUCAUGACUUCAGUUUCCACACAGUUCCUGUUCGCCCUCAUUUCACUGCUUUUGCUGCUCCCUGUUGUUGAAGCAGUAGAAGCAGGAGAUGCAAUUGCUCUCUUGUUAGGUGUGGUUCUCAGCAUUACCGGCAUCUGUGCUUGUUUAGGGGUAUAUGCAAGGAAGAGAAAUGGACAGAUGUGACUUUGAAGGGCCCCCUGGAUCAAACCUCACCCUAAAAACCUUUGUCCUGUUGAAGUUAAAACUGAGCAUUGAUGUCUGAAAGUUCCUAAGCAACAGUGACUAGGGUAGUUUGGCCUUUAAAUGUUUUCCUCUAAAUGGGAACAAAUUGAUGUAUGUUAAAUGGGGAAAAAUGUUUUCUUCUCAUGAAAAACGCGCUAAAAAGUGCAGACUGUAGUUUGCAUUUGCUGAUUAGAAAGGAGGUGAAAGAAAUAAUGACUAAAACUGGCUUCAGAAGUCCCAGACCACAUGAAAUAGGAAGAAGGAAGCCCUUGUCCGGAAUCCUAGGAAACCGCCAUUGUUUGGUUACCAUUGCGGCUUCCUGAAUCACUGAAGAGUCUGUUCUCCCUGUUUUUAUUGGAUUUGUGUUUUGUUAUAUCCUAAGUUAGUAUUGUACUUAUAUAUCAAAUUUAGUUAAUCAAAAAUUGAAAUCUUUAAUUCUUUGGGGAAAAAAAUAGUUUAGAAAAAUGUAUUCAAUGUAUCUAGUAUUGAAAUGGAGAAAUUAUUUAAUGUUAAAAAAACUUUAUAUUGAACAUUGAAAUGGAGAAAAAUAUUGUUUAAAAAAAAUAAAUAAAACCUUUAUAUUGAUUAACUGACUAAUACCCUGAUAGUGAGAAAUUAUAUAUUAAAUAUAAACUCAUUAUGUUGGAAGUAAAUGUAUGGUAUCUGUGUUUAUUUUGGGCUGCUUUUUAUAUGUGUGGACUAAAUUUUUACAUAAGCUAACUGGAGAAGAGCAGAAUGGCUUACCUAAUCACACGAGCUUGAGAAAUGGGCAGCCUAGGGGUUUCUGGUAGAAAAUCCACAGAUAUGGAAGGAAAAUGUAAUGGCACACCAAUCUGAUGAGAUCUUCAGACUAACUACUCAAAGUUUCCUCCAACCAGCAAUGUCAGCUAGAGACUUUAGAAAUACAGACUCUCAGGGCUCACCCAGGCCAACUAAUUCAGAAUCUACGUUUGUAUCAAGAGCCCAAGAUAAUUUGUAGGCACAUGAAAGUUUAAGAAGAGUGCUAGGUAGUGUUUUCCAAACUUCCUUGAGCCCAGGAAUCACCCUAGGCACUUGAUAAGACUCAGAUUCCCAGACCCCUCUUCUGAAUAUUGUGCUUCAGUAAAUCUAAGGGCCGGGGGGCAGGGGUGGUUGGAACUAUGUGUUAACAAGGGCCUCCAGUGACUCUUAGAUUCUGUUGGUGCAGAAUGCAUAGUAAAUCAGUCUACAGUCUGAGUAAAUCUGCUUUGGGGUCUCACUGGAAGCAGGUAGUUAAGUUUCUUCAUAAAAUAAUGCAUUAUCCAAUCUCUAGUCUCUAGGUGACAUCAGGAGCCUCGGUUUUGAUCUGGAAACCGGCAGCCACAGCCUACAAUCCUUUUUACAAUGCAGUUCUGGUGUGAGCUGACCUGGCUUGCAUGAGAUUUGGUAGAGGGUACAAGCAGUGAGGGACAGACAUGUUAUAAAAACAUGGAAACUGCAUGACUUUUUAUCAUAGCUGUUUCAUUUUUUUCACCAGAGAAAGCACUAAUAUUUUGGGGGACCCUAGUGAUACAGUGGUUAAGGGAAAGGUCUCUAACCAAAAAGUUGGCAGUUCGAACCCACCAGUGGAAGAAAGAUGUGACAGUCUGCUUCCGUAAAGAUUACAGCCUUGGAAACCAUAUGGUGCAAUUCUGCUCUAUCCUAUGGGGUUGCUAUGAGUCAGAAUUGACUCAGUGACAACAGGGUUCUGUUAUACAUUGUGUAAUUAAGAGAACUUGAUUUUGUUUUUAAGGAGGAAAAGGAACACAGGUUGUAAGACACUUGUCAUCUAUAAACUAGCCCAUUGGAACUGAUGUAAAAAGGCUGCUGUUCUGCCUUGCGGAUCGACUUUUGCAUUAGGAUUGGGAGAAAUCAAACCUAAAGUACAUUUUAAAUCACAGUGCAUUACUCAUUUAGUCAUCUUCAGGUACUAUUUUUAAAAUGUUCAAAAUAAGACUACAGGCAAACAUUCUUUAAUAAACGUGUAUUUCCAGAAGUGCUUGGGAGGGAUUAAAAAACUGCCAUUUUCGUAUCUUCUCCUUAACAAUAAAAAAUUCUCUUAAAGUGCCA